AUGGGCCAAGGACACUCGCACCCGCGGCCGGGCACCAAGUUCCGCGUCAUUGGCGCCGGCAUGUCCCGAACCGGCACCAAGACCUUUGCCCAAGCCCUGACGACGCUCAUCGGGCCCGUCCACGACGGCGGCGCUGAGGGGCUCGUCGGGACCGCCGAGGUGCGGAAGCGGUGGCUUGAGGUCAUGCGGCUGGCAAUCAAGAAAGAUAAGACGCUGGCCGAAAAGAAGCGGCUUGAGUGGCUGCUGGCCGAGCUAAUGGAAGGAUAUUCCGCGACCGUCGACGCCCCGUGCAUCUGGCUCGUGCCGGAGCUACUCGAGCUUUAUCCGGACGCCGUCGUCAUCGCAACGACCCGAGACACCGAAUCCUGGUGGAAGAGCGCGCAGACGGUCUCGAGCCUCGUCGACUGGCCGUGGCUACCUUUCUUUGCCUGGCCGCUGCCCGUGCUGAAUUCGUUCGUCAAAUGGGGCCCGCUCGUCGAGAAGACGUGCGUCUCCCGCCUGGGUGUCAAGGGCUUCCAGGGCCCCGAGGUGCUCGAGACGCACGAGGCGUUCCUACGCCGGGUUGUGCCGCCGGAGCGACUCCUGUUUUACCGGGUCCGCGACGGUUGGGGCCCGCUGUGCGAGAUGCUCAAGCUGCCGGUGCCUGCGCAGCCGUUCCCGCACAACAACAAGCCCGAGGAUGUCAAGAUGGCCGGCCGGCUCGUGAUCGGGGCCGGGUCGGUGGCGUAUGGCAUCCUCCUCGGCGGUGCUUUUACUUGCGCCUGGGGCGCGUGGAGGCUGGGGUUGACGCAAUGA